CCACUGUCUGGCGCCAGAAUUCAAAAGUCGACCUUUGACCCGAUUGUUCCCCCCUCCCCGUGUCUCGAGGAGGAACUGACCUGAUGUUUAUCGUUGGUCGGUUCUGUUAAGGUUCAGGGGCCGGGGAAACAAAGUCCCGCCGGGUGAUUAUUGGACCAGUAUGGAUGAAGAAACACGCAGCCUGUUCCAGCGCGUAGCUGGUCGACUUGGUUGGACAGAACAUGGUGAUUUGAAUGCCAUUGAAGCACAGCUUCAAGAAAGAAUCACAAAAUCCUUGCAAAGUAAUCUUAAAGAUACCACAACAAAUCUGGAGUCAGAAUCAGGGGAGAGUCCAAAUAACUAUGAUUCGUGUGUAUGCAAACUGUUAUUGUCCAGUUCUGAGGACGAGGCUGAAUCACGGCCAGAGAUUACUCCGGAAAGCAGGCAAGAAGGACCUGAUGAUUGUGCAUGGACAAAGAAAACGUGUGAGAAGCCACAGAGUCACCAUGGAGCCAUAGUAAUCUCAGAUUCCAGUGAUAGUGAUUUAGAGACAUGCGUUCUCUCUAAUGUCGUCCAAAAGAAGGCAUUAAACUCAGACUUUAAAGCAAGAAGGACCUUAAAGACCACGAAUAGAAGAUUAUCUGAACCAAACACAGAUUCCAGUGGUGAUGAAGAUUAUGAAAAAUUUCUAGCGCGAGUAAAGACACCAAAGGUGCAACCCGAAAGAUACAGAGCUUGGAGGGAAAAUGAUGACAGUCUUAAAGACUUCAUUGUGAGUGAUGAGUCAUCUUUUGACGAAUUGGAAAUAAAUGGGACUGUGGAGAGAGAGCACAGCGCUCAUAUUGGACUCAUGGGCUCAGAAGGUGGUAGUAGCUCAAAUCAUCCCACGAACGCCAAAAAAUUGAAUGAACUGUCAAAUCCAUCAGAUACAUCAAGCGAUGAGUUUGAGUCACUUUUUCAAAGGAUUAAAAACAAAACACAGAGAGAUCCAAAUCUAAUAUCCAGCAACUUGAAUGGAAGAAUGGCUAAUACUGAGCCAGUGAAACAAAAACCAAGUUUUAACACACUGGAAGUGAAACGCAAAUCUAGAGACAAGAAGAAUUUUGUUUCGAUCUCUACCCAGCCAUCAAAAUCUGUGAAAAGUGUUCUAUCAGAACUAACUUCAUUCAACCAAGUAUCAGACUUUAAUCUAUCGAGUGUUUCUGAGUCACAAUCUCAACGUCCAGUAUCAAGACAGUGUCAAAUACCUUGCUGUUUCCUUCAGGACUUGACUCUCAGCUCGUCAAAAUAUGUAAAAAAUUUUAAACAAAACCGUGAGGAGUUAACUCAAGAACUCUAUAAUUUAUACAAUAAGAGUGUUUUUCAGCAGAAGCUUCCGGAGAAGUUGGUGAUAACCUGGAAUAAGAAAAUGCGAAAAACUGCUGGAUAUUGUGUUACUGGACAGAAACGAGAUGGUGCUGUCAAACGUUAUGCUAGAAUCGAAUUGUCAGAGAAAGUUUGUGAUUCAGCUGAACGUCUGCGGGAUACGUUGAUUCAUGAAUUGUGUCAUGCUGCCACCUGGCUCAUUAAUAAUGUUCGUGAUGGACAUGGACCAUUUUGGAAGUUGUAUGCACAGAGAUCUAUACUUGUCCACCCAGAAUUACCAAUGGUUACACGCUGUCACACAUAUGAAAUAAAUUAUAAGUAUACAUAUCAGUGUAACAAGUGCAAAAACACGAUUGGGCGACAUUCCAAAUCAUUGGAUACACAGCGUUUUGUCUGUGCUUUAUGUACGGGCCCUCUUGUUCUAUUAACAAAGCUGUUAAAAGAUGGCACACCUGCCAAAAAGGAUCUAGCGCCAUUUGCUAAAUUUGUGAAGGAGAACUACAGCUCAGUCAAGAAGGAGUUUAAGGGACUUCAACAUGCUGAUGUCAUGCGGCAACUAAGUGCAGACUUUGCAAAGAAGACGCAGAUAACUGAUUUCUAAAUGUUCUUAGCAAUUCAAUCUCUUUUGAAGGUCUGCGGAGAUAGACGAAUUCUAUAACAUUGUCAGCUUGAGAGUCCACCAAGGUAUAUGUUACCAAAACUAAAAAUUUAUAAUUUUUUUUCCUGCAAGGGAAGAAGCAUUUUGUUGCUAAAAAUAAAACUUUUGUUUUGUGGAAAUUAUUCCAAUUAGAUGUACUAAAUAUUUACAGUUCCACCUAACACACUGAUCUCUUGGAAAUAAGUGUUCUUCUUGAUCAUAUUCCAGACAGGUGUCCAAUUUUUGAUGCACCGCAAAUGUUCUGCUUAUGCUCUAGUUGAGGAAGAAAGCAUGCAAUAAUAUGUUACCUCAAAGUGUGGUUACUUGAUAAGACUAUGAAGAACAGGAUUGAGGGGUCUGUUGUCACUUUUUGUGACCAUUUCUUAGCCGUGUCCUUGAUAUGAAAAUGGACAGAGUCAUCUAUUUCUGCAACAGUAAGAAUCCCACUUGAAAUUAAGAGUUUUCAGCUGCUUCAAUCGACAGAGUACAAAUUAACAUCCGGAAGAGGCUGUAACAAUGGUUUCUGUGAAAAUUUAUCUUGCACUUGCAGCAUUCUGAAAUUUAACUUUUUGCAUUCAUAAAGCACUGUAAAGGGAGCUGUAUCUGGUAAUAAUCUCUUGUACUUAAUCUGGGAAUAUUUAGUGCCAACAAGCAGUGAUCUUGUUCAGCUGUAGCAAAAAAUGUCGAAAGAAGCCCAAGUGAAGUUUGAAUAAUGUUGGAAAGAAUGUUGCAUUGAAUUUGCUUUCAUGAGACACAAUGGUGGUGAUCGAAAGGGAUAUUUUAGAUUUUUCCAUUUAACUUUGACAAAUUGGCUUAUUGUUGUGACAGGUUUGUCUCUGGCCUGACCACUACAGUAUAGUUUUAAAAUAGAAAGAAUGAUAUUAAUUCAAUUUAUAAAAUUACCUUCUGGUGUUUCUCAAACACAACAAAAUACUUCAAACAGUAAAAUACAUUGAAGUGAAGACAGUUGCCUUGUGUAAGAAAACACAGUUGCCACUUUGCACAACAAAACCUCAUAGUUGUUUCCUAUUUUAGCCAUAUUAAACUUAUCCAGGUUGGCUAUAUUUGGCCUAUUCUAACUCUUAUAAAGUUGAAAAUCACAUGACAUCA